GGCAGACAUACUGUGCCUCAAACCAUGAUCAGUUAAUAAACUGUGACUUCUCUCUGAAGAAGCUCAUUAAAAUGGCGAGAGACUUUACUACAACAAGUUUGAGCAAUAUUGACCUCGCCUCUUUACGGGAUCCUGCAGGUAUAUUUGAGCUCAUCGAGGUGGUGGGCAAUGGGACUUAUGGGCAGGUUUAUAAGGGUCGGCAUGUGAAAACAGGACAGCUGGCCGCUAUAAAGGUCAUGGAUGUGACUGAGGAGGAGGAAGAUGAAAUCAAACUGGAGAUAAACAUGUUGAAAACUCAUUCUCAUCACAGGAACAUUGCCACAUAUUACGGUGCUUUUGUAAAGAAAAGUCCUGCAGGUCAGGACGACCAGCUUUGGCUUGUGAUGGAGUACUGUGGUGCAGGAUCAGUCACAGACCUGCUGAAGAAGACUAAAGGCAACUUCCUGAAAGAGGACUGGAUUGCUUACAUCUGCAGAGAAGUACUCAGAGGUCUGUUACACCUGCACUCACACCAUGUCAUUCAUCGAGACAUUAAAGGACAAAAUGUGUUGCUCACAGAGAACGCUGAGGUUAAACUUGUGGAUUUUGGUGUGAGUGCUCAGUUAGACAGGACCAUUGGAAGAAGAAACACUUUUAUUGGGACACCGUACUGGAUGGCACCUGAGGUGAUUGCAUGUGAUGAGAACCCUGAUUCUACAUAUGACUACAGGAGUGACGUUUGGUCUCUGGGGAUCACAGCUUUGGAGAUGGCAGAGGGAACUCCACCGUUGUGUGACAUGCAUCCGAUGAGAGCGCUGUUUCUCAUUCCACGUAACCCUGCUCCCAAACUAAAAUCCAAGAAAUGGUCUAAAAAGUUCCUGACAUUUGUGGACAGUUGUCUGGUGAAGAACUACCUGCACAGGCCAUCCACAGAGAUGCUGCUACGACACUCGUUUAUUAAAGACCUACCUAACGAACGACAAGUGCGCAUCACACUCAAAGACCAUCUUGACAGAACCAGGAAGAGGAGACGAGAGAAAGAGGGAACUGAAUAUGAAUACAGUGGAAGUGAAGAUGAAGAGGAUGGUAUUAAUGAGGAUGAAGGUGAACCCAGCUCUAUAGUGAAUCUUCCUGGUGAGUCCACGCUAAGACGAGAGUUCCUGCGUUUACAACAGGAGACGCACUCACAAACGCAACAACAACAACAACAACAACACAAUCAAGAGAACUACAAGAGACAACUGCUCACUGACCGACAGAAGAGGAUCGAACAACAGCUGGAGGAGAGGCGACGCUUUGAAGACCAAAAGGAAAGGCUGUUACACGAGACAGGACUGCAGUGGCCGGAGCUUCAUGAGAUGAUGUGGCAAGAAGAAACUGAAAUCACUGAGAAAAGCAAAAGAAAUCACAAGAAGCAGUCCAAAGACAAUGAACAUCAGAGGACUGAUAUUGAAUCAGAGCCUGUUAAUCUUUUCACUGACCAUGGCAGAAAACCCCACCGCACACUUCCCCGAGAUCAGACCCAGCUUCUGUUACUCCAACACGAUCAAAGACACCAGCAGAAGAACUGCCCAACCAUACCACAUGACGGGAUGGCAGGAAUGAGGGAAUUUCUGGACAACCAUCAUGUGAAUAUGAAUCAUAUGGCUCAUGUUCAGUCCAGACUGGGAUCAGGAAGCAACUCCAGUCCCUGCACUCCAGCGCUCCAGAGAGCUGCCAAACACCCGAACAUGAAUGUGUGCUCCAGUCGAGAGAUUCAUCAUAGCAGCUCCAUGUCUGAUGUCACAUCUCCUCUCUCUCCAACACUGGAUGAUGUGUUCUUUAACCCUGAUGAUCAACCACCCAAGAUUCCAGAAAGAACAACUUCAAAGUUCAAAGAACCCUUGACUCAUCGCAGAUUUGGAUCCAAUGGAGGUCAUUUGUCUCCUUUGGACAACAGUAUCAAUAUAUUUUACUCCAGCAGCUCAACCAGCAGCAGUCAGUCAGGUUACCAUGAGGUGGAAAGUCCAACAUCACCACAAAACCAGGGUUUUGGAAUCAAGUCUCAUUUCAGUCCGUUAGUGAAGUUAGCAGAGUACUCUUCGUCCAGUGAUGAUGAUGAUGAUGAUGAUGAGAAUAGCAGGUCUCCUUUGAGCAAUGGGAGACAUUUGUUGUCCAGAGGACAGUCUCAUGAUAUAGUUCUUCAGCCUCAGCACAAUCUCAAACAGCAGGAGAGUGCAGCAAAAGUUACACAAAAUGUUCAUCAGAGACCUGCAGCAUCACAAACUAGAGAUGGUUAUCAACUUCCUGACCUCCUGCACAAAAGCCCCAUAUAUCAACUCAACUACCACCAACCCAACACUCAAAACGCACUGGAGAAACUGCUGAAUAAUCAGGCAGGAAAAAGCACAUCUUCCUCUUCGUCAUUUUCAUCGUUUAUCGACCCUCGAUUGCUGCAGAUCUCUCCACCUCAGAGUCCACAAGGACACGGUCAACUGAAUGUGAGGUGUGAGCCGUGCAGGAGAGAGCCCCACAGGAAGGGUUCGGUUGUGAACGUUAACCCCACUAACAUACGGCCUCAGAGUGACUCGCCGGAGAUUCGCAAAUAUAAGAAGAAAUUCAAUACUGAAGUGUUGUGUGCUAGUCUGUGGGGUGUGAAUUUGUUGGUUGGCACAGAGAGUGGUCUGUGGCUGCUGGACCGCAGUGGUCAGGGUAAAGUAUACUCUCUCAUCAGCCGCAGACGCUUUCAACAGAUGGAUGUGCUAGAGGGACUCAAUGUACUUAUUACAAUAUCAGGUAAGAAAAACAAGCUGAGGCUGUACUACCUGUCCUGGCUGAGGAAUAAGAUAUUGCGCAAUGAUCCAGAGGUGGAGAAAAAACAGGGCUGGACGUCAGUGGGUGAGCUGGAGGGAUGUGUCAACUACAAAGUUGUUCGCUAUGAAAAAAUAAAGUUCUUGGUCAUCGCUUUGAGGAACGCUGUGGAGAUCUAUGCCUGGGCUCCCAAACCAUAUCACAAGUUUAUGGCUUUCAAAUCAUUUAGCUCACUGCCUCAGAAACCCCUCUCUGUUGACAUGACGGUGGAGAAUGGACAGAGGUUAAAGGUCAUCUAUGGGUCUCACUCUGGUUUUCAUGCCAUUGAUGUGGAUUCAGGUUCACCCUUUGAUCUGUACCUGCCCAGUCAUAUUCAGGGUGUGAUUCGGCCUCAUGCCGUCAUCAUUCUGCCCGGCAGCAGAGGGAUGGAGCUGUUGCUGUGUUACGAGGAUGAAGGCGUCUACACUGACACCUAUGGCCGCUUCACCAAGGAGACGGUGCUGCAGUGGGGGGAGAUGCCCGCCUCUGUCGCGUACCUUCAGUCAAAUCAAGUGAUGGGCUGGGGAGAGAAAGCCAUUGAACUAAGAUCUGCCAACACUGGAAGUCUAGAGGGAGUCUUCAUGCACAAGAAGGCUCAAAAACUCAAGUUCCUGUGCGAGAGAAACGAUAAAGUGUUUUUUGCCUCUGUUCAGUCUGGUGGAUGCAGUCAGAUCUACUUCAUGACAUUAGGACACAACUCUCUCUUGAACUGGUGAUCUUUUGGAUCGCAGAGCUUUGCAGGGUAAAUCAGUAAACUUGGUCUGAAUCCCAACAUAAAGAAUGUCUGCAAAUAUGAUGCAAUUUUCAUUUUCUGUAUGUAAACAUUUUUAUAGAAGUGAUGCAUUUUAUGAUAUAAUACAUGAAAAAGAACUCAAUUAAAUAGCACUAGUCAUACAAGUAUGUGAGAAGUGUAUCAUGUCUGACAAUGUCAGCAUUAUUUUUGUCUUGAUUAUUUGUGUUUUUUCUUUAUCUGGAAAUAACAAACAUUGUGUUCAAUGUUUUGUCAUUUUAUUUCUUUUUGCAAACAAAUCUAGCAAAAAAGGACUUGAUAUUUUGUCCCUAAUACUUUAGUUUUUUUUUUGCAUGAUAGCAACCAUGGCUGGGACAGGGUUUGAUGUGAAAUUGAUAAUAACAACUAGAAUAUAAAGAACUAACAUUGUACAAUCAAAUACUGUUUUUGUGGAUAUAUCAAUACUUCAGAAUUAAAACCAUACAAUAAUACAGAAGUAUAAUUGUGGACAUUCUGCUUUCAUUUUAGGGGGUUGCAAGCAGAUGUAUUUGAACUGAUUUGAAGUUUAAUAAUAAUGACAUUUGUAUUUUGUGGUUAAUAGUAUCUCUUCUCAUCCUGAAAACCAAACAUAACUGUGCAUAUUAUUAAUACAAGUGUUAAAGUUUUAUAAAAAAAAUAAGAAAUGUUUUGUGUAGAGUUUAGUACAGAACAUGAGAUAUUGUCUUUGGCCAUGUGUUGAACCUUCAUUCUCUUUUGUUUGCAGCUGGUUUUGCUUUAUAUCUGCUCAGCAUGAGAAAGAUUAGCAAAACUUGUCAGAUGAAAUGUACUUCUGUACACUUAUGAAUUCAUCUGUUGCUAUUAUUAUCAGCUCCCUGACACUGUCUUCUAUGAAAUAUGGUCAGAAGAGUUUUUUCUUGGUUUUAGUUUCUGUUUUGGCCUCUGAUUCUGGAUAAACCUAAUCUUGAUUCACGAGUUGCUUUACAGUAAAGUUUAACUUGUGCUUUAUUUAUUUAUUCAUGGUUCCUGUUUAUUAGUUACAAAGUGCCAUAGAUUUAUGAGUUCACAGAGAAAAUUAUGUUUGGGGAUGAUAAACACAAAUUCGUAAAUGACAAAGUCAUCUCCUUUUUGAGCUGAUCAGUUAAUUUAUCGCAUUGUACAUGUAUCAAUAUAGCUGACGCUGAUCAAUAAACAGUUCAGUUUGCAGCUGUGUGACUAUAUAGAUUGAAAUAUAUUGCAAUAGGUAUAAAUAAACAUUCUUAUUUCCUCUACCAUGAUGCCUUAGUAUACAGGAAGUUUGAAUUAUAUGCUAAUUAUAUUGUUUAUUAUGUGUUUUAACCAGUAAAUCUGUUGGUAAAUGUUAGAUAAUAACAGAGCCUGUGCUGAAAUAUUUUUGUUGCAUUGAAGAAAAAAAGAAAUGAAUCGUGGUUGUUUGUGGAAAAAGUGCAUGGAUGUGUGGAUGUGUAGAGUGAGUUUAGUGUAAGUGGAGACAGAAGUAUUAAAGUCAGAAAGUCAAAGGUUAACGAAGGAUGUGGCAAGAAACUAAGAAAGAUUAGCACUGGCUAUUUCAUUUAUAUUUUGUAAAGGAAUAAAAAUCAAUUUAAGCACAUGAAUUAUUGUUGACGCAGUUAAUAACAUAAAAUACUUUGAAUCAUUCUUUAAAGGAAUAUUCCGGGUUCAAUACAAUUCAAGCUCAAUUAACAGCAUUUGUGGCAUAAUAAUGAUUACCACAAAAAUUCACCCAAAAAAAAAAGAAAAGUGUGAGGGAGAGAGGUUAUGUGAAACACUUACAAUGGAAGAGAAUGUGGCCAAUUUUUGGAGGAAUGUGGAGCUUAUAAUUGGAUAAAAUCUCUUACAUGAAUCAUUCUGUUAACGCUCGUGUAUUAACUGAACUGUAAAUGUAUUGAAAUCCUCAUUCUUACAGUCGUUUUAGGGCUAUAGGUUUGUUGACAUAUAACUUUACACAGAAUAUGUUUAGAAGUGAUUUUAUGACAGUAAAAUCAUGUUUACACACAUGUUGUUUAUGUCUUGUGUCUAUACUUUUGUACUCACUAACAAGUGAGUAUUUUAACAUUUACAGAUUGACCCCAUUCACUUCCAUUGUGAGUGUCUCUCUGUAAGCCAGGAGGGACGAGUCAAAAAUACAUUUAUGAGGUAAUCAGUAUUAUGCCACAAAUGCUGUUAAAUUCAGAGCAGUACUGAAUGUUUAGCAUGAAAUACAAAUAGUUUUGUCAUUUUCCAUUUAAUUCUUUGCACCAAUAGGACUAUUUCUCCUAAAGUUCAGCCAAAGAGAUCUCAUAAGUUUAAACACAGGCGAGAUAUCCUAAAGGAUGACAGGAUUCAUUUGGAUGAAACUGGUAUUUCACUUUUGAAAUAACUUUGUCAGAUAGGAAGUCCUGUAGUAGUUUUUUAAGCAGUCGGUGUCUUGAGUAGAUUCUCAACUUCAUGUAAAGAUUUAUGACUUGAAUUGUGACUUGAUGUCUGUCCGAGCAGUUUGGGUCUUUUGAAUGUUGUAUCUGGGCUUUACUGCGGUUCAUUUGAGCACAAUAAAUCUUCUUACAAUCUUUAUUCAGUUUGAUUUUCAUUUUCUCUAUUUUAUCAUUAAAAUGUCUUGAUAUAGUCAGUUGAUUCUCACGUUGCUGUUUCACUUUUGGUCACCACUUGAAGUUUGAAAGCUUUUAAUGUCAUGUAAUUCUUCAUUCAUGUGAGUCAGCUAAUAAUGUAAAUGUAUACUAAAUUUGACCUUUUUUUCUUUAUAUCAUUGUAAUAUGAAUGUACAUUUCCUGUAUAAAGUUUUGUAGAGUUAUUGUACUAGUAUAAUGGACAGUUCAGUAUAUGGGAAUUAUUUUAUAUACAUUCGAGUGUUAUGCUUGUCAAAAAACCCUCUUUUGUUCAGACUGUGCAUUUUACUCUAUGUAUAUAUUCCUUUUGCAUUGUCUGACUGGUCUCAAUAAUAAAAUAUCUGUAUAAAUGUACUCUUUCAG